GCUGCGGCGGGGAAGGGAAGAGUGAGAGCUGGACGCGGGCGAGGGCUCCCUGCUGCCGACCUGGCUCCCCGCGGAGCAAGUCUCCAGUAAACAAUGAAAGUUCUGUUGCUGAAGGAGCCUAAAGAAAAUGAAAAUGGACCAGAUCCAUAUGUAAAAGAACUGGAGUUACAUGGACUUGAAGCAACUUUGAUCCCAGUUUUAGCAUUUGAAUUUAUUUCCCUUCAAGCUCUCUUCGAAAAACUUUCUCAUCCUGAACAAUAUUGUGGGCUAAUUUUUACCAGUCCAAGAGCCAUAGAAGCAAUCAAGUUAUGUCUAGAAGAUAAUGGUAAAAAAGAAGCUUGGAAAAAUUAUCUGGGAGAAAAAUGGAAUACCAAACCAGUUUAUGUGGUAGGAAAAGCUACUGCUGGGCUAGUAGGUGAAAUAGGCCUUGUACCACAAGGAGAAAACUGUGGAAAUGCUGAAAAACUAGCAGGAUACAUUUGUUCCCGGGAGUCAUCCAAUUCAUUGCCUCUACUUUUCCCUUGUGGGGCUCUCAAGAGGGAAACUCUUCCAACAAUGCUUAGAGGAAAAGAUAUUGCAUUUGAAAGCCUUACGGUUUAUCAAACCGGUCAACAUCCUAAUCUUAAUGAAUCCUUAAGGAAUUACUUCUCACAAGAGGGUGUCCCUGCAAGUGUUACAUUCUUCAGUCCAUCUGGUGUCAAAUAUUGUCUGAAGCAGAUUCAGAAAUUAUCUGGUGAUCUCAUGCCCCACAUUAAGUUUGCAGCCAUAGGUCCAACAACAGCUGAAGCUAUGGCCACUGAAGGAAUUGUUGUGAGCUGCACUGCCAUCAACCCUACUCCACAACAUCUCACUGCUGGUAUUAAAAAGAGUCUCCACUUGUAGAACUGCUGUUCACUCAAGUUGAUCUAUUUUAAGGCCAUGGCUUGGAUCCCACCUAGAUUUUCGCCAAUUCCCCCAUCCUCUGAUUUUCCCUGAAAGGUAUUCUUGGGGGUUGCCAUGUCAUGGAAGCAGCAUUUCGGGGGUGCUUUGGGCUGCCUUGGGAGAGCGGAAUUGUCAAAAAUCACACCCCACCACUGCCCUUGUACAUGCAGAAAUUCCAGGUGGGAUCCAAGCCCACAUGUUUAGUAGGAGUAAGAUCUCUAAAAUGAAAUACAUGGCUUGUCAAUGUGGAAUGUAAAAUUCUUUUUAAAUGCACGUUAUAUU